AUGGAUAGCGACGACCUGGGUUGCUAUCCAGUGCUGGUAGGCGUGGCGCCAGGCUCAGAGCCCGACGUGACUUUUGAACACCAGGAAUCACUUGACACAACCGAAGAUAUGUUUUCAGACAUAGAAGAUUCAAUUGAAGCAGCACGGUCCUUUUAUCGGCCGCUUGCCAUGAAACCUGUGGUUCCGGACCCUCGCCAGGUCGUCUAUCAAGAAAGAUGUUAUCACAGUACGGUGACACGCCAGUGGAGAAUCAAUGCAUACGAGACAUGCAACAAUUGCGGCAAAAUACCGUUCCUGCGCUGGUUCUACCUCUGCAGUGAAGACACUUCGGGUUAUACAGGUCCGAUCGACCAAACCGGCUCGCUUCUCAGCGAAUGGAUAACCGAGGCGAUUCUUGCAGGAGAAUAUACCGACGCACAGAGAGACAAGUUGAUUGAACAAAAGCUAGGAGUUCUGGAAAUGUGCGAGAAGGAGAGGAAUAUGUAUAUGUCCGACCUCCGGUUCAGCCCCGGCCAUGGAGCUGGGUUCCAACCCGGAUAUCAUUUCCAAACACACCAGGGCCGAGUCACUGCGGAAGACGAACCAAGUUUCACCCAAUCCCAGACAUACUCACGUCCUGUUCGCUGCCACUUCAGAGCAUGCCAUCACUGUGAGUGUAAACUCCAAGAAAGAACCUGGCUUAGCCUCAACGCAAUCUGUGACGAUCCGGAUGCCACGCCUCUGAAUGACUGGGACUUUUGGAGAACACCAAUGUCGGAUGCAAGUAUUGUCAGAAAUCUCGGUUUACGCCCUCCUAAACCUCCUCCCGUGCCACCUCAUCUUUCCCAGUACGGGUAUAGUGUGUCUCAACGUCGUCGCAUGAGACGGUGCUAUAGACAGCACAUUCCGGGAUAUGAAUCAUCUCUCAUUGUCGCCCUGAUGAGCAACCUCUCAACGAUCUGGGAGGUAAACGAGGAGAUGGAAUCUCACAUAACGGAGCUGGACACCGAGCCGUUGGAUGGACUGGCUACGUCCCAUGACACACAACGUGGGGGUUUGGUUAGCCAUGAGGGAGAUGAAGAGGACAGUGAUAGUGAUGGUCUCUAUUCUUGA